ACCACAAAGAAUCAGUUAUACGCCUAUACUGUCAACUAUUGGAUGAUUUGGGGCUUUAUGCUGGACGAUCACCUGGAUAACCUGGAAUUGAACAAUGAAAACAAGCACAUCAUAUGCGAGUGGCAGAAGAAGGUUCUGUUAGGCGAAAGCGACGGCACAACUGGUUUUGACACAAUGUUAGUGAAGGCUAUGAAACUGACUAAAGAUAUGCUGACGGCUGACCAGUUUGUACGACAAGUGAUGUAUACCAUCAGUUGGAUCGGCACAUACCUGACUAGCGUUGCCAGAAAAUAUUCUGUAAAACCUGUAUAA